AUGCAAAUUGGGAUCACACCGGAGUUUCGUCAACAAGUAAUCGAGGGCUAUAGCAAGGACUCGAAGCUAGGUCGGAUACGGGAUUAUAUCAAGGAAAUCCAGAACGCGGACCGCCAGAACCGACGACCAAAGACGAUACCCUUCCGGCCAUGGGAACUCUCCGAUGAACUCCUAUACCACGUCGGAUACGAAGGAAAACGGAGACUCUGCAUCCCACGACCCUUGGUCAAAAGCAUCCUCGAAAUCGUCCACGACAACAAGCACCACUUCGGAAUUAACCGCAUGACUUAA